CCGCGCGUUCAUCCCGUUCAGCGCUUGCAUAUCCAGUCCAGCCAGGUUCUCUGCCUAGUAAUCGCCUAACAACACUUUCUCAUGUCUACCAACCCCACGGAGGGUGCCAUUAAUGACCUUCCUCCCGAGAUCCUUGGAGAGAUCUUCAUUCAUUGUACUCCUCGCGACGACCUCACGACAGACAAGAAUCUCCUAUGGGUUUCCCCCUCCCAGGUUUGUCGUAGUUGGCGUCAAGCAGCACUUUCAUGUCACCGCUUUUGGGCCCAGGCCAUCACAUUUGCCCAGCCAUUUUGGACCUAUACCACGCUGCGCCGCGCCGCCAGCGCGCCGUUAACCUUCAAAAUCGAUCUGGAUCGCAUAGAAUUGGACUAUGCUGUCACCAUCGUCGCUCUUCAUAUCCAGAGGACGCGCGAAUUGGUCCUCACCGGCGCCGACGUAGAGGUGUAUCGCUUUCUCAAGCACUUCGCUCAGGAGGAUUCAGAGGCGCCGCUUCUGGAGGUCAUCCAUCUGGAUGCUACGAAUUGGCGAUCCCCCCUGGAAGAAGGAAGCAUGUAUCACCUCCCGAACAUCUUUCCCAACCCUCAAUGCAUCCCAUCUCGAAUGAGGGUCCUCGAACUCAUCAGCUGCAUGCUACCUACAACGUCCGGAGUAUACACCAACUUGACAACUUUGAGAUUGUGUCGGCCACCGCCACCACGAGAUCUCUUUGGGACAUUAUUUGCACUCCUCGGCGCUACGCCGAAUUUGGACACCCUGACCAUCGAGGAGCUCUGCGUUCUACCGGUGGGGUGGCCGACACGCUGCCCUCGUCUGGCGAAUCUCACCUACAAGUGCAGUGAUGACUCUCGCAUACAGAACGAACUGAACGCGUUCUUGAGUCUACUCGGCACUCUGGAUCCCACGCAGACGCGUAAUGUCACCGCGCAUGUCUUCGAGCCAAAGGACAUCUACGCCGUCCUGAAGCACCGGAUCCCAUUCGGCACGCUCCCUGUACAGCUUCACAUACAGGAGCAGGCAAAAGAGUUGGUCAAGGUCGUUAUCGCCCCUCACGAAGCGACCAAUGCGCCCUGCACCUUCACACUGCAGGCGCGCAUCCGACGGGGCGCCAAUGGCGACUUCCUCCCAGAUCACCAGCGCACGCAGCUCGUACGGGAGACUGUCACCCUGCUCGGUCAUCUGCCCAUAACGUCCGUCUGCGUGCAAGGCUUCCACGAUAUAGCGCGCUGCGUCAUCCGCGACCUCGACGCCCUCGCAGCGCUAGGGUCCGUCACGCACUGGAAGAUCCACGGCACGCCGCCCCCGCCCCUCCUCCUCGAAGCCGCCCUCCUCCGCCGCAUGCUCUCCAUCGGCUUCCGCACGCGAUUUUACCACGAAUGGGAGAUUCGCGACGCAGACGGCGGCGCGAUCCAGAUAUUCCCCGCCCUCUCGUGCAUCGAAAUCGUGGGCGUCGAUUUCCAGCCGCGCAUGACGGGCAUGUAUGGCGGGGCGGUCGUAACGGCGGACGGCAUCCUCUCAUCGGGGGGCUCAUAUGUCUUCUCCCCCGUGGGCGACGUCAUCGGAGUGACGGGCGACGUCUUCGCACCAGCAGGCCCAGACAUUCUUCACCUCAUCUUCAUGCUCGUGUGGGCGAGCGCGGAGCGGCGGCGUCUGAAGGUGCUGCACAGCUGCGUACCCAAGGUCAUCAUCACGGACUGUCGAGACGUGGAUGCGGGGAUCGUGUACGCGAUGCAGGGAUUCACUAAAGUCCAAUGGGAUGGAAAGGGUGCCUCGGAUACGAAGUAUACGGAGUUCGAGGAUGUGCGGUCCGCUGUGUUGAGUAGCUUCGCGGAGAUGUUCGUGCAGCCGGUGUUGCAGCCAGUAUAGGCCUGUUGUACAGUCAUACCAUGUCUAGUCUUGUGUCCUUUGCGCUCUGAAUUCCAUCGUCUUUCGAGCAGCC